AUGUCGAGUGUAGACUACAAGUAUGAAGAACGUGGGGGAACUGCAGCUUCGCGCGCAACCUCCGCCGUCCAAUCCCCGAGCGACCACUUUCACUACCCUACUACUCAGCCCUCUUCCAGUCUGGACGACACAGACUCUUCUACCUGGUCCAGUUUAGCAGGUCCAUUGACCGGAAACACUUCUUCGACCAACCUCUCGCCCUCCAACUUCUCCUUGACAGCAGACUCUCAAUCUACCUUGACCUCCAAACCCACCCAGCCCAACCUGGAUCUCUCUACGUCCGAAGCCUUUGCCCGCAAUGAGGCUUUACUACGGGAUCCCGUCUUCCCCGAGUGGAGAGACGAUACCGGUUCCGUUGACCUCGACAGUCCCGAAGACCUACAAAAGAAGGAUCCUCUAGGUACCCAAAUAUGGAAACUGUACCAUCGCACAAAGUCCCGACUCCCCAAUCAAGAACGCAUGGAGAACCUGACCUGGCGGAUGAUGGCGAUGAAUCUCCGCCGGCAGAGGGAGCGAGAGCAACAACAGCAGCAGCAACAACAACAACAACAACAACAAGAACAAGAACAGAAGCUGCAGCAGGAGCAGCAACAGCAACUGCAGCAGGAGCAGGAACAAGCAGCGUAUGGACUCACCAUUCAAUCCGGCAGCGACUCUCGCAUAGCCGGCGCUGACGACCUGAUUUCUAGUGUUAAAAAGACCCAAUUCAAGAGCCCAGCACAGCCCUCCAAUGCCCCCAGUGGCAUUGCUCAGCAACUACGUAAAUCUGUUGACCAGUCGGCUGAGCGCGAGCAAUCGCCUUCUGAUCCCAUGAAUCUCGACGACUUCAUCGUCCCAAGCUCAGUGGCUUCGCCCGCUGGCAUCACAGCUCCUUCGCCGUCGGACUAUCAGAACAAACAGUUCCAGACGCCUGGAAUUCCCAUAAGUGCUCGCAACAAGAUGCAUUUGCAGAUACCCAAAGACAUGCCGCCCUCUUCAGCACCACAGACCUCUGUUCCUUUUUACAGAACGUCUGAGUUCGACUACGUGCAAAAGCGGGUUCGCAAGACCAGCAUUGAUGAGAGGAAAGGAGGACGAAAACGUCCAGCAGAAUUCUCUCCCCAAGUACCUCCUUUGGUCGCACCAAACAUCCCCAACAACGCGGAGGGUGAUGCUGGUGUACCCGACUAUGCCCUUGACCAGCCUACGCCUUCCCAAUUCAGUGGCCCUGCGAGCUUCCAGGGACAGAUGUCGAUGCAUUUAGACUCGUUCCAUUUGAGUGAGGAUUCAAUCAUAGCAUCGGCCGGGCCAUUCCAACAAAACUUUGCCUUUUCCCCGGGCGCUUCACCCAUGGUCACAAAUGGGCCUUUUGCAAACGUUUACAACCAAACCUCGAUGGCGUCUUCGCUCAAUUCAGCAGCAGACUUCUAUUCACCACCCCAGUCUGGGUACGCCUCUGCCGUCUCUACUCCGCAACCGGGUCAUGAGGAUAAUUCGCAUUUCUAUUUCGACCAAAGCCAGUCUCGAUCGCUGCCAUUCUAUGCCGCUCAACGAUCGAACCAAAUCAUGACCCCAAUGUCUGCUAAUUUUGCCUACGGGAACAACAACGAGCAGAUGUAUACGUCCAUGAACGCUGUAAGCUCAGCCCCGUCAAUGAAUGGCUUCACCAUCCAGCAACAUGUGGAUCCCACCAAUGUUCUUGGUCCCGAUUAUGGCCGCUCUCCCGGCGUUUCGAUGGGUGGAAACGACAACAUGUUUCAAUUCGGAGCCGACUCCGACAACGAAGACGAAGAUGGCAACUACGGUGAUCGAAGUCUGUUGAUGCAGUCCGACUAUGGCCAGAUGACCGAUCCAACACUCGACCUCAACUCCGGCUUGCAAUGGGAUCCGACAGUCGACUAUAACAGCAUGUCCCGCUACAGUGGCAAUGGGAAGCAAGUCCGCAUUGGCGGUGCAGAGAUGGUCAAUUCCCCCCCAGAUUGGAGCGGCUCGAUGCUUAGUCGCACACAUGGCUCAGCAGCGUCCAUAAGCGAGAUCCGAAAUCGAGAUCAGGACCCUCGGCGACAGAAGAUCCCCCGGACUACUUCGACUCCCGCGCUGUCCAACCACCAAAUGCAGUCGGCCCAUAGCUCGCCUGCAGAAUCCGGCCUCAGCAGUCGACAGCCCUCGAGGCCCGGAAGCCCUGGCCCGAAGAGUACUGAUCAGAACGGUGUUCCCACCACAUGCACAAACUGCUUCACGCAAACAACUCCCUUGUGGCGACGCAAUCCUGAAGGCCAUCCUCUUUGCAAUGCGUGCGGUCUUUUCCUCAAGCUUCACGGCGUGGUUAGGCCUCUGUCACUCAAAACCGAUGUUAUCAAGAAGCGUAACCGUGGCAGCGGAAAUGCUGUGCCCAUGGGCUCAGCUGCAACCCGAGCAUCGAAAAAGUCAUCCCGAAAAAACUCGGUACAACAGACUCCAGCUACGACUCCUUCAGCGGCGAGUGAGCACAAUUCGGCAUCGCCGUCUUCGGUGCAAGGUUCUGCUCACUCGGGGUCUGUUGUGACUACGCCAACGAGUUAUCUGGGAGGGACAACAGGUGGGAAACCGGGUGUGGUUCCAAUUGCCGCUGCGCCCCCAAAGCCCCCAGUCCAGCCGGGGCCUAACAUGGGGCGACCAGUCCAGGUUGCACCGAAGCGUCAGCGAAGACAGUCACGCGCAUCCACCAACACUUUGCCCACCUUGAGCAAUUUCUCUGCCACAUCCACAAACACUGGAUCCGGUAACGACGAGGAGAUGCAAGAUGUCGGGCAGCCCACGCCCAAGCCGACCCAGGCGCCUGUUACGCGAGCCAAGGCGGCCAGCAUGUCCACAACGGCGGGCGCAACCACCAUGGCAUCUGUGAUGCAGGGCGGAUUGUUGAACCCGGGCGUGCAAAACAUGCCAGGAGGACCACACGGAAAUAGCCAAGAAUGGGAAUGGCUGACGAUGAGUUUAUAA